AUGAAAAAUUGUUCUCAGUCUUUUUUAUUUACUACAAAGUUAUCAUAAAUCAUUCGAAAUGGAAGUACAAUCACCAUAACGGUCUAUUAAGAUAGACUUUCCUUGAGUGGCCUUAAAAAAUCAAGUGGAUGUGAAAAAUUUGACAAGGAUAUCGACUUUUAAACUACACAUUAUGUUCUUAAUUGGGAUUACUCUAUGUAAGUUUUAACAUGAUUCAUUAUAGCCAUUCAAAAGUCAUUGAAGGUUUCAGUCUUUGUAAAUAAAAUAAAAGAAGGUACAUCUUCAGUGGAAGCAGUGACCAGCUCAGCUAGUUAAAAAAUAUUUUAGGAGGUUUAAUGGCUUUUUCAGAUUGGGAAAAAGAUUUUAAGUUUGUUAAACACAUCAGAAACAACUAAAAAUGCCAGGUAUCCUUUCUUUACAAUUAUUUUUUAAGAUUAUCCUUGCCAAACAUGAAAAUUAAUAUCAAGUUCUCAAACUUAUUGAUUUCCUAUGUCCAAAUAACUCAAAUAAUUAUACAAUAUAGACUUCAGAAGAAUUACGGGCACUCAAACUUAUUUAGAAGAAUCCUCACAACAAUAUACAUGGCUUCAAUUCAUAUUACAUCGAUGAAAUGAAGUGUUUUCUUGUUAUGGAUUAUCUAUCUUAAGGCACUCUUUAUGAUCUUUAGAAAAAGUAUAACUAUAAAAUUCCAAUUAACAUUAUCUAAGAAGUGAUGUAACAGAUUUUAGAGGGUAUUAUGUUUUAUUAACAAAUUUAGGUUUAAAUCAUUUGCAUUAAUUAAAAAUCAUACAUAGAGAUAUUAAAUAUGAUAAUAUUAUGGUAGCAUCAUUUAAUCCAAUACAGAUAAAAAUCAUUGAUUUAGGACUAUGUGUGAUAGAUAAUUCUUCUAAUUCAAGAGCUGGAACAGGUGGAUACAUUGCUCCAGAAGUUUUUUAAUCAACUAAAAUUACCGAUAAAAUUGAUAUUUUUAGUGCAGGAGCAGUUUUCCACAAAUUAUUAGUCGGUAAACCUAUUUAUGAUGAUCUUGUUUAAAACUAAAAUGGUAAUAUUCGAAUCAAUUCUCAUAUCUAAAAUCAAAAUGCUCUUGACCUUUUGCAUUAAAUGCUCAACUUUGAUCCAAAAUUAAGAUAUAGUGCUUAUGAUUGUUUAGCUCAUCCUUUCUUUACCGAUGAAUCAGACUCACUAUCUUCUAAGUAAUUCAAUUGUUUUAAUUUAGAACUUCAUUGUAUCAGUAUUUAUCUCCUAAGCAAGUUAAAUUGUAAGUAUUUACACCUGCAACAGAUUUCAUUACCAAUUAGAAUAUUCACCCCUUUAAACUUAAUUGACUUUAGUGACU